AUAAGCCCUCUACGUUCGCUGAAUUAGAGAACUGAUGCUUGGCGUCGCGUAAUUCGUAAACAAAAAUAUAUGUGUGAGUGGUGAACAGAAUGAAUCAAUAUUCAAUACUUGAUCGGAUUGGCGAAGGUGCGCAUGGCAUUGUUUUCAAGGCAAAGCAUAUUGAGACUGGUGAAAUAGUUGCCCUGAAGAAGGUUCCACUUAGGAAAUUGGAUGAUGGAAUCCCAAACACAGCUCUAAGGGAAAUAAAAGCAUUGCAGGAAAUAGAGGAGAACCAAUUUGUUGUAAACUUGAAGGACGUGUUUCCCCAUGGCACCGGCUUUGUACUUGUAUUUGAGUUCAUGCUGUCGGAUCUCUCUGAAGUGAUACGGAAUUCAGAUCAACCUCUCACAGAAGCCCAGGUCAAGAGCUACAUGUUGAUGCUUCUUAAAGGCAUAACCCACUGCCAUGAGAACUCUAUCAUGCACAGGGAUCUGAAGCCAGCCAAUCUUUUAAUCAGUGAGACAGGGCACUUAAAGAUAGCUGACUUUGGUUUGGCUAGGGUGUUCAGCAAUGAUGAAGGAAGGCAGUAUAGUCAUCAAGUAGCUACAAGGUGGUACCGUGCUCCGGAGCUUCUAUAUGGAGCCAGAAAAUAUGAUGAAGGUGCAGAUCUUUGGGCUGUUGGAUGUAUUUUUGGAGAGCUUUUAAACAAUUCGCCUAUCUUCCCUGGAGAAAAUGACAUUGAACAGCUUUGCUGUGUGCUCAGAGUCUUAGGAACACCCACAGAGAAAACAUGGCCGGGUAUGAAAGACCUUCCGGAUUACAACAAGAUCACCUUUCCAGAGAAUCCACCCAUACCCUUGGAGCAGAUUGUUCCCGAUGCAUCUCCUGAGGCCUUAGAUUUGUUGAAGAAAUUCUUGGUGUAUCCUUCAAGGCAAAGGAUAUCUGCCUCCGAGGCAUUGCUGCAUCCAUAUUUCUUCACAGAGCCACUCCCAGCUCAUCAUUCCGAGCUCCCUAUUCCGCAGCGGAGCAGACGGGGUCGAAGGUCACAGCAUGCCAAGGAUUACGACAUUGAUGUACCGCUGGAACAGACCCUGAUUGACCCACAAGAAAUAGCUCCGUUUGUCUGAAGGGGGACCAUGUUUUGUCAGGAGGUAAUAGCAGUCCUGUUCAGACUGAUCUUCCUAUUCCAUGUAGCAGAAAACGCAGUUGAAUGUCGCAGCAUGCACAGAUUUAUGACACUCUUGUACUGCUUGAACAGACCUUGAGUUAUCCAUUGCUAACUGCUCUAUUUGUCUAAAGGGACCCAUUCUUGGUAGGUGGUCCUGUUCAGACUUUUGGAGAUCAUGUGUUGUAACAAUCUUUACCUUAGGAAGAUGUCAGGAUACUAUUCUGGACAACUUGGUUCAUUUGGAUGAGAUUUACACCUUGACAUGGAAGAAUUCUUGUCUCCUCCCCCUUGGUGUUUGUUGUUGAUACAUUACAUAUGGUUUCUAUGUGCUCAAACAACAUAGAAUUUAUAAUGUAGGGUGAGAUUGUUGGGGCAAUGCUGCACACUCAUGGGUGUUUAAAAUUUCCAAUAAGCACAAUGCGCUUGUACCGAAUGCUUUCGUAUAUUCUCCACAUGCCUGCAUUAUCACUACUCUCAAUGUGCAAUAUAUUUUGCAUAAUAAUAUUCUCACCCUACUGUGAAACACCUUUCUUGUUUUCGCACAUGGAAACCAUAUUUAAUGCAAAAAUAACAAGCACAAAAGGGGGAGAAUAGAAUUCAUCCAUCACAAAUUUACAAAUGUGCAAUAUUUGUUUUAUAGAACGAGUCAACAGUAUGAAUUUGUAGAGGGAAGGUUGGUCGAAUCCCACCAAAUUUUCACAGAUCGCAAAGAGGUCACAUCUGCUUUCUAUAAUGAAAUCCCAAGCAUAUCAAGUAUGCAUUGCGAUGAAUUAAGUGCAUCAAAAUCCCUGCCAUAAGAAUGCGUAUUGAGAUGUUGUCUCAGCUUUUGAGCACUAUUGGGAAGAGUGAUACACGGCUUAAAGGUUGCGUAGAUAUCAAGCACAUGAUUCGCAUACCCACUCCCUAUUGGCUUCAUUCUUUAUUAAACCCGUUUUAUAAAUGUGUUUUUCCUACAGUUGUACUAAAUGAUUCAGAAAAAAAUUUACACCUAAAAAAAAUCACCAGUUUAAUGUAAGAAAAACAUCGUGAACAAAAGUUCUUUUAUACAUUUCCUUAAACACUAUCUCUUCCCAAAAAGUUUGAUGCCAUAUGCUGUAUGUUAAAGCUUGGCCAAUCAGAAGGUACUCUUUGUUGUUAUGUAAAAUUUGUUUUGUUUAAGACAUGAAUGCCAUGACUGAAUACAGGUAUCCGUGAGGUCAUAAUCCAACAUGAGUCGCAAUAAACCUCAUUGCACGAUAUAUUGUCAAUUGAAUUAUAUGCAAAUUGAUGCCCAAAAAUUGUUCAUAAAACAAUUGUGUAGAAAAAAGUAUUGCAAGGAACAUUACCAUGUUUACUGCAUGUCAUGUAGUAUUACGGUUUCAUUGAAAUUUGGAUUCUUUCAUUAAAUUCGUGCCUUGCUUUGGCGCAAAUCAACCAUUACAUCACAGCAAAGAAUACUUACUGAUUAUCUAGGCUGAAACAUAUGUCAUUUGAAAAAUGGUAUCAGAUUAUUUGGGAGAAGAUAUUCUUUCAGGACAUAUAUGAUGAUUAUGUGUUAAUGAUGAGGACUGUAAAUGAAUUUGUAAUUUAUAAGGUGUUUUUCUGACUCGCUUGGUAUAAUGGAAAUAUUUUUUCAUUUAAAACUAAAUAGUUCCCUAUUUAAUUUCACUGACCUAACCACAGUGGAACAUUUCCCCUUUUUAUUUUGAAAUUAGAAUAAUACCCUAGGCCCUAGGGUUUCAGGGGGAAUCAAUUUUUAUCUCACAGGUCUGCAUAGCAGAAGCGGGACAUAGGGCACUGCUUUUCCUACGGUUGCAGUGACUACUGUGUCAUCAACAUGAAGUCUUAAACAAGGUCAUUUUGUUUGUCAUACUUUGAAAGAAGAACUUAUAAUGAAAUUUGGAUGUAAGGAUAUCAGUGAUCAUUUAGUAGAAGUUUUUAGCUCUUAUCACCAAGGUCAAAGGUCAAUGAACUCUGACCAUGUUGUGGUAUCAACAUCAAAAACUCACCAAAUGUUGUGAUCAAUUAAUAACUAAAGAUUAAGAGAUUUUCAUAAGUCAUUAUUAUCAUAGAAUUCAAUAUUAUGUUCAUUAUGUGUCAUAAUUUACACAAGUAUAAUGUAAGAUCACUAGGUCAAGGUCAAAGGUCAUAUUAAUUAAUUAAAAUCAAUGUUACAAAGUCCACACUCCUGCUAUAUUGUAUUGCAUAAUGCAUGCAUGACUGCCAGGGUGUUCCACUACAAGAAAUUUCUUUAUUUUAAAUGAAAUUGAAUGGAACCAAAUGUUAAAAUGUUAAUUUAUCCAAAAACAUAUUUAUUAUCAAAUAUAUGACCUUAUGUGCAAGGGUCACGGUAUUGGAAGGGUCUACUUUUUUCCAAAACUGUAUAAAAUUGUAAAAUUACUAUCUGAUUGUGAAUUUUUUGCAUGGUUAGCCUCCCACUUUCAAAACUGUGCUUUAUGAUUGCUAUUUUGUAGCUACUAGCUCCAAGGGCAGGUCCAAGCUAUUAUCUCUUUGCUUACAGUUCAAUGUAUAUCUGAAUUAUCUGUUGUUUCAUUAAUGAUGGUAUAUUACUAGUAUGGUCAAGGUUACUAGAGUAAAAAAAUAAUAAUUUGUUGAAAGGUUGGAAGUGAUUUGCAAGUUUUGAGAAGGUUAGAAUUAAGAUGGUUUGGGAAUUAGGCCAUGUAGAUAUUUGUGAAGUGAACUUUAUUGUAUCUUUCUCCUAAUGAAGUUAGUAUUUUAUCUUAUCUAUUUUGUGUUGAUUAUUCUACAAAAGUGGAUCCAAAGGUUUUCCAGAGUUUUUGCCUUUUAUCUCUGUUAUUUUUUUACCCUGGAUCUACUUGUCAUUUUUUAAAACCCCCCAUGAAUUUUUUUCUCAAUACCUUUAUACAAACUUAUUUUUCCAUGAAUAUUACUAUUACGUUCUUUCCGAUUUCAUCAGUUAUUACACAAAGAAAAUUUAUAAUAUGAAUUUUUUCUAUUUCAGUUGCUAAAUUAGAAGUAAAGGGUAUAUCAAAUAUAUAAUAUAAUAUAUAAUUUUAAUCUUAAACAAAUUUGUUGAAGCCUGUCAGCAACAAGCAAAGUCUUAAUUAAUUAAAUCAAUUUGAGUUCAUUUUCAUGUGAUAAAAUAAUUUUAGUAAG